AAAUUUUCCUAUGGCUCAAAGAGAUCGAUAUGCAACAAUAUAAAGAUAUUUUGAUUCAGAAUGGCUACGAUAAUCUGGAUUUUAUGGAUAAUAACGUCAUGGAUGAUAAUGAUCUGAUUGAAAUUGGCAUAAUUCAAGCAUUGCAUCGCGACGCCAUCCUUCGUGCCGCUCAAUCAUUACCCUAUCGGACACCUAAAUUGACUCAUGAUCAAAUACAACAAUUAUCGAUUGCUAAAUGGCUUGCAUUCAUUCAUCUAAAGCAAUAUAUUGAUAUAUUUCAUAAUAAUGGCCUUACAGAAUUGAGAAAAAUUCGCAACAUUUGGGAAGUAGAAUUGGAAACAAUGCUGGAGAUUGAUAAAUGUGGUCACCGUAGACGAAUUCUUUAUUCAUUAUCUGAUUUUAAUCAACGUGAUUCCAUGAUCGUCUCGGAUAAUAGUGAUGCUCUAUCGCCAUGGCUAUCAACGGAUAAUGCUAGUACGUGCACGAAUCUUGAACGAGAACGAGAUCGAAAUGAGCAAAAACAAAAUCCGCCUACAAUACCAUGGAAAGGCUGGAAACAUGCACGACAUGAAUUGAUCAAUGGAGAAUGUAAUUAUCUGGUCACUUAUCUAGGAUCAACAUUGGUACGCGAAUUACGCGGAAUCGAUUCUACACGAGCAUCAAUUGGCAAAUUGAAAUCAGCAACAGCAACUUCAAAUGAAAAAAUACUGAAAAUUUUGCUGUCAAUCUCAUGUCAAGGUGUACAGUUUAAGGAUUCAAAAUCGAAUAGAUUAAUAUGUGAACACGAAAUUCGUAAUAUCCAUUGUAUUUGUCAAGAUAGCGAAGAUUUAAAUUAUUUCGCUUAUAUUACCAAAGAUUUUGAAACAAAUAAUCAUUAUUGUCACGUCUUCAUGUCAGCACAAACGGAUCUAGUUGCGGAAAUUAUUCUUACACUGGGACAAGCAUUCGAGAUUGCUUAUCAAAUUGUUUUGGAACAAUAUAAUAUACAUGUAAAACAGCAAACGACAAUAACUUCAGUUACAAAUCAAUCGCCACAGGCAAAAGAACAAGAAAAUUCAUUUAUUUGA